UCAUGAUCAAAAUGCAACCUUUAUGGUUGUCUUCAGCACCUUUGUUGCUGUUUGUGGGUCUUUUGUUUUUGGGACUGCAGUAGGAUAUUCAUCCCCGACUGAAACCGGGAUCAUGGAUGAUCUUGGCAUAUCUAUGGUUGAGCAAUUCUUCUACUACCUAUUCUACCAACCAAGAGGAACUGGAAGUUCAUCGUAUGCUUUUUUCAGGCAAUAUGUUUGUGGAUUCUUCAUAGAGGCUUUCAUGGGGCUUGAGGGAUUCGAGAGUUGCCCUCCCUCUUUUCUUUGUUGUCAUGUGCAGUAUUCGUUAUAUGCUUCAUUAUUGACAAUUGGAGGGAUGAUUGGGGCAGUGUUGAGUGGCAGGGUUGCAGACGUUGCUGGGCGAAAAUAUGCUAUGGGAAUUUCAGAAAUUUUAUGCAUUAUAGGAUGGCUUGCAGAAUCACUCUCAAAGGUUUUCCAUUCUUCGUGGGCCCUUUCAUCAAUUUGUAAACCAUAUAAAUAGGAAAAUGAUACAUAUACUCCACAAAAUUACACACUAACGGUUUCCGUUGCUAUCUGUUACACACUUCCCUCAUAACUCCCCAAAUGCGUCUAGCCCUUUAUUUCUCUCUCUCCUUUCCUUUUUCCCUCUUGUUGUUCCAGCCUUAGACACAUAAAAUAAGUCUGUUUUUGGGAUGAUAUAGCAGAAAGUGGAGUGCAUGUGAAUGGAGUCAAUCGGUAGAAAAGGGAAAAGAAAACAUAGGAAAUUUCUGUAGUUUUGGUACUAUGUUUAGCUUUCUCAUUUUAUCUGAUCUAUAAAAGUUCACCGUUAGAUUGAGCUGAAAUUUUGUUUGAGUGUUCAAAAGACAUUGAUCUAUAUUCUAAACGGCCAGUUUUUUGUUUGGAACUUUGUAGGUUCUGAUUUUGUGUCCAAAAUAGUAGCUCAUUUUUGGGGAUUUGUUUUUUUUUUUUUUUGUAAUUUUGGUAUUGUGCAUGGUUUUGCCAUUUUGUUCGAUCUGCAAAAGUUCACCAUUGGAUUGAGUUGAAAUUUUGUUCGAGUGUUCAAGAGACAUUGAUUUACAUUUUGAAUUGUUAGCUUUUUGUUUGGGGCUUUGUAGGUUCUGAUUUUGUGCCCAAAACAGUAGCUCGUUUUUAGUGAUUAGUUUUUCUGCAAUUUUGGUAUUGUGCACAGUUUUGCCAUUUUGUUUGAUAUGCAAAAGUUCAUUGUUGGAUUACAUUGAAAUUUUGUUUAUGUGUUCAAGAGACAUUGAUUUAUAUUUUGAACAGUUAGUUUUUUGCUUGGAGUUUUGUAGAUUGUGAUUUUGUAGAUUGUGAUUUUGUAUCCAGAACAAUAGUUUAUUUUUGGUAAACCAUUAGUGUGUAAUGAAUUAAGUAAUGGAGACUGUCAAUAUGUAACGGAGCAGGAUGUAUGUAUCAAUGUCUUAUAGAAUAAUGAAAAACAUUUCUC